AUGGGUAUCCAAACAGAGAAGGACAAGGAAAAGGAAGAUCAAAAGAAAAAUUUUAAAAUAUGUAGCAAAAAAUUCGAAACGGAUGAACUAGAGGUUUUGAAGAAGAUUUUCAAGGAAUUAGGAAGUAGAUCUGCAUCUGGCCAAAUAGACAAGGAGACAUUUCUUCAAUUUUUCCCUCUACCAGGAUUAUGGGGAGAACGAUUAUUUUUAAAAUUUAACUUCAAAAAUACAGGUUACAUAGAUUUUGAGGAAUUUAUAAUUGGCAUUGCCAUAUGUUGUAGGGGAACAAAAAGUGAUAAAAUAAGUGUGCUGUUUGAUAUCUUCGAUUUGAACUCAGAUGGAUAUAUACAGAAAUCUGAAAUGGUUGCAAUGUUAUCAAAUAUUCCUUACAUUCAUAAAUUGAAGAAUGUUUUUUUUAAUAAAAAAAACAGAAGAAAAAAAUAUUAUUAUGAUAAUGAAUACAAUUCAAAUGAAAAUCCUAAUGAUACAGAGGAUAAGGAGAAUUCUUAUUAUGAUAGCAUAAACAAUGAUGAAUACAACAAUGAUAAAAAUGUAGAACACCAUUAUAGGAACAACUAUGGAGAUAUCCAUGCAUACAAUAAUGGACAUAAUUAUAUGGAUGAUGAUGAUGAUGAUGUCAACAAUGACAGCAACAGUUACAAUGAUGAUGUUUAUAGCGACAAUGAUGCUGCUGCUGAUGAUGAAAAUGUAGACAAUUUUAGUUACAAUCAUGAGGGACAUUGCAUCAAUGGGCAUGUAAACGUGAAUGGAAAUGGCACAAGCAUGAAUGGAAAUGGCACAAGCAUGAAUGGAAAUGGCACAAGCAUGAAUGGAAAUGGCACAAGCAUGAAUGGAAAUGGCACAAGCAUGAAUGGAAAUGGUACAAGCAUGAAUGGAAAUAACACAAGCGUGAAUGUUGCGAACGGUACAACGAAUUGCAGCAAAUGUCUGAAACAGAAAAGGCGCCUACAGAAUCGUAACAAGCUUCUAAAUAUGAGGGAAUUAGCGAAAAAAAUAAGAAAAGAGAAAAAACAUCAACUAGAAAAAUGCAUAAAGGAUAUCAGAAAAGAUUGUUAUGAAGAUAAUAACUUGUUGAACAAUAGUGAUAAGAUAUCGAAAAAAGAAAAGGAUAAUAAGUCACCACAAAGAUGUUCCAUAUUUAAGAGUGAAAGUGAUGACAAUUUCAAUACGUCAUCCAGUAGUACUUCCAAUGCAUCUAUCAACGACCAUAUAGAUUAUUUAAAUAUACGUAAAAAAAAAGACCUAAAAAACAGAACAAAAAAAAAAAGUACGAGAUGCUUAACCAAUUAUAGAAAUGAGAAUAAUAAUAGAUUUAUGUCAUCAACUAGUGAUAGCUGUACGAGCAACGAAACGAAUUCUUUUAUGAGUAGUGAUGAAAUUGACAGCUUUAGUUCAAAUAAAGAACAACGAAAUGGGGUAGGAAGUUAUUCAAGGAGCACCUCAGAUUCUUUUGUUAGUAUAUAUGGUUAUCUGAUUAAGAAUAAACAGAGAACGAAGAAGAAGAAGAAGAAGAAGAAAAAAAAAACGAUGGGACUAUACAGGGAAGAAGGUUCUAUUGAAAAAAAGUGUGCAUCCAAAAGCAUCGAACGAAUUAAAGUAAGGGGAAAAGAAAAUACGCGCGAGAAAAAUACACCUCAACGAAAGGACAAAUCAGAUGAGGAAGAAGAAGAAGAUGAAGAAGAAGACGUUGAAGAAGUUAGUACGGAAAGUGAACAUGAAGAAUUUCAAUCAGAAGAACAUGAAAGAACACAAAAUGAAGAACAGGAAGAUGGAAGAAAAAAAGGAAGAAAAAAAAUAUCUUAUAAUAAUAGAAGUGAUAUGAAUAUUUACAAAAAAGAAGAAAAAAAAGAGAAAAAACAAAAAUUAUUUUUACUGGAGUACUUUCUUCCCUCCAAAACAGCUAGAAAUAUAUUAAAUGAUGAAGAAAAUAAUGAUCUUUCAGAUAAAAAUGUAGAUGUUGAUGAAAUAGUAGACAUGAUGUUAGAAGAAUGUGAAUUUCUUGAUAAUGAUAAAAUAACAUCUAUACAAUUUAAAAGUAUUAUUUAUAAGUAUGAUUUUUUUUUAUAUAUAUUUUUUAGCUGUUUGCACGAAGACAUUUGGGGAUUACAAGGGAAUGUACUUUAUGGAAGGGAUUACAUAAGUAACUUUGUCAUCAAAUCAGAAAAUUUUAAAAGUAAACAAAUUGAUGAAAAUGAAGAAGUUAUUACCGAAGAAUUGUAUUUCAAAAUCAGGCAACUUUUUAUCAUACAGGCCCCUGAUUAUGAUUGCGUUAAUGAUAACUUGUGUGUGAACUUUUUGAAAGAAAAAAAGGCAGAAAAGGAGGAAAAAAACGAGGGGGAAGAAAAUCAGCUUCAUGGAGGAGACGAAGCAGAAGAGGGAGAAGAAAUGGAUACAGGAAAAGAAGAACUUCAUGAUGAACAACGUGAAAAAAGAGAAGAAAGAGAAGGCGUGAAAGAGGGACAGAGUCGCGAAAAAGGUGAGAAUCGUCUGUAUGUGAACCCCCAAGUUCCCCACUCAGAUGCUAAUAAAUACAAAGACGAAUCAGUGAUGCGUGAGAAAAAUGGGAAUAUGGAAAAUGGAAAUGAAGUGGGCAAUUUUUCCGUAUUAAACAAAGGGAACGGGGAGAGGAAUGAAUCUUUAAGCACAGAAGCCACGGGUGAAAAGGAGAAGGUGGAGAUGGAGAAGAGGAAGGUAGAGAAUGUAACAGAAGUGGAAGACGGAAAUUCUGGAAAUCAGAAGUGCCCACCCUAUGCAAGUCCUGUGAGGAUUAACGAAGAAGGCAAUCAGAUAAGUGCUAAUGAGAAAAAUACGGCACUAGGAAAUCAGGAAAAAAAUUCGAACUCGAAAAGGGAAGAAUCGUGUGACGAUAUGGAAUAUAAGCCUCCAAAGAGUCCUCUAAUUGGACUGUCGAAUAGGAUCAAGAGCGACAUUAAUAAGGACGGGAACCAAAAAAGAGAAGUUUUUAUCUCACUAAGAGAAAACGGAACGCAUGCUAUUUCGGAGUCUCCAGGUUUACCAGAAUAUACAGCUGCUUGUGAGAUCAAAAAAGAAGAUAUAAACUUUAGCAAAUUUUGUGAACCGGAAAAAAGCGCCGCGCACGUUGGCAUUACGCAUGUUGGUAGUACGCAUGUUAGCACCACAAAUGUUAGCACCACAAAUGUUAGCACCACGAAUGCUGGCACCACGAAUGACAAGUGCAAUCUUGAUAGAAAAGAUAAAGAAGAAAAUGAGAAAAAAAAAAUAUUAGAAGGAAAGAGAAAAAUUGCUGAAUGCUUUAAUGACAUGCUAAAGAAUAAGAACACGCUGAGCAUGAAUGGCAUUAAGGAAGACAUUCCAGCAUUUAUGAAUAGCAGAAAAAUGGAUUGUGUAGACAGAAAUGGAGGGGGAAUGGUGAUGACUCUUGAAGAUAUAAAAAAUAAAGGAGGUUAUGAAUGUGAUUUUAAUUUACUAACAAAUUCACUGAAUGAUAUAUUUUCCAAAGAAAUUGUGGAAUUCAUUCAAGCAUCCAAAAUUAGCUUUAACAUUAAUGAUGUGUGCAAAGAGAGAAAUUUACAUAGCAAAGAGAAAUAUAAAAAAGCCAAGAGAAACAUUGAAAAGAUAAAAAAUUAUUCCAAUAGUUCACAUAAUUGUAAAAAGAAAAAAAAGUAUCUAACAAAUAAUGGAUUCACAAAUGAAAUGGUUAAAGAGCAGAAGAAAAAAUUAUCAGUUGUUAUGGGAGGUAGAUGUUGCUAUGAGAAAGGAAAAAUAGAUGAACAGAUGAGUGAACAAAAGGAGAAGCAGCACGCCGAAAAAGAGGUUAUGACAAACCAAGAAGGCUUCAACAAAGAGGUUGAACAAAUGGAGAGAAAUCAAAUCCAUCAACAAACCAGUGGAAUCGAAUUAGAAAGGGAAGAAAAUCCAUUAUCAAUUAACGAAGCAAUUAAGAAAGGAUUAUUAAGCAUGAAGUUACAGAAUUUGGAUAAGUUGGAUUUGCUUGAGAAACUAGGGUUAUGUUCCAAGAAAGCUGAGAGUCAUGCAGGGGAGGUCUCAUCGACAUUUUCCUCGAAGGCAAAUGAACCGAACGAUGAGACGCAGGAGAUAAAACUACCAUCAUCACAACUGAUGGGAAGUAACAACGAAGGCGGCAAAAAGGCCUCGUGUAGCUUUUUAAGACAUGGAGAAAAUAUGGAGAAGGGGCAGAGUGGAAGCGUAAAAAUAGACCCGAAGGCAUGCACAAGUGAGCAGCAGAACGGACAAUCGGAAAGAGAGGCAGAAGGAGGGGCAGAAGGAGAGACCGAAAGAGAAGCAGAAGGAGAGGCAGAAGGAGAGGCCGAAAAAGAGGUGGCAAAGGAACUGGAAGAAACGCCAACCGAAGGAAAGAACGAACUUCUACCUUACGAAGUCAAAAAAAAAAAGAAACACGAGCUGACAAAAAAGCAUGUGAAGGACGUAAACCUGUACUCCUGCCCGAAUUGCAAAGGACCAUUUCUGAUGUGCCCCAAUUGUCAUGGAAGGUAUCCUCGAUUUUGUGUGAACGAAGACAAAAUUGCCAUGGAGUGUGAAUACUGCGAGUGUGAACAUUGCUACUUCUACAAUUGUAUUUAUUGCAAUUUUGAUUUUCAAAAGUGUUUAGAUAUGAUAAAGAAGAAUUCAUUAAAGGAAGGAAUAUUAUACAAAAUAGGAAAACAUUUGCAUCAAUUUAAGGCAAGAUAUUAUAUUUUAUUUGAUAAUUUAUUGUAUUAUUAUGAUAAACAGAAAAAUUUAAAACCAAGAGGAUUUAUGUUUUUAGAAGGAUGUUAUGUAGAAGUUAUUUCAAAGAAUGACAAUAUCAAUAAGUAUGGAUUUUCCAUAUGCCACAAGGGAACAAAACAAACACAGAAAAGAAAUCUAUAUGUCAAUACAUAUGAAGAGAGAGAAGAAUGGCUACAAGCAUUAUAUUCAACAACGAAGCAAAAUACUUUAUACAACUUGUACGAAUUGCAUGAACAACUAGGACAAGGAAAAUUUUCAACAGUAUAUCGAGGAAUCAAUAAACAGACCAAUUCAGAAUUUGCGAUUAAAGUGAUUGAUAAAAGGUCUGUUUCUAUUUAUGAAAAAGAAUUGUUACGAAGUGAGAUAUCUAUUUUGAGACUACUUAGACAUCCUAAUGUUAUUUAUUUAAAAGAAAUUAUUAACACUAAGGAAACUUUAUAUAUUUCUAUGGAAUUGGUAAAAGGAGGAGAAUUAUAUGAUUUUUUGUUAACCGAAACGAGACUAAGUGAAAUACAUGCAAAUAAAAUUAUUACUCAGUUGAUUAAAACAGUAGCAUAUUUACACAGAUGUGGAAUCAUACACAGGGAUAUAAAACCAGAAAAUAUUUUAUUAACAGAUAAAUCAAGAGAUGCUGAAAUUAAAUUAACAGAUUUCGGAUUAUCAACCCUUUGUGCUCCUAACGAAUUGUUAAAAGAACCAUGUGGAACACUUGCCUAUGUUGCACCAGAGGUUAUCACAUUGCAAGGCUAUAAUCACAAAGUAGAUGCAUGGUCUAUUGGAAUUAUAUUAUACCUUUUGUUAAGCGGUAAGUUACCAUUCCCAAUUAAUAAAAAUACUGAAAUGAAUAUACAGAAAAAUUAUGUUCUCAGUUUUAAGGAUUAUAUAUGGAAAAGCAUUUCGUCAUCUGCGAAAGAUUUGAUUUCCAAAUUACUAGAACUCAAUGUUGAAAAAAGAAUAUCAGCCAAUGAAGCGUUGGAACAUAUAUGGAUAAAAAACCCAACUGCUGUUAUUAAUGAAAAUUCUUUUAUUUAUAAAAAUGAAGAAAUUAAUAUUCUAAAUUUACAAGAUGUUAGUGUUAGCACCUUUAAUAUUCCAAAGUAUCCCCCUUUCCAUUUAGACGAGGAAAAAAACAAUGAGGAAACUGAAAAUAAAAAUGUUUUCAGUUUUCAUAAAGAAGACAUUAUAUGUGAAAAUAACGAUUCGAAUGAUGAACCCGUUAUACCACUUCCCUACAGCGGUGCACCGUUAAAAGAGAAUGUCAUUGAAAAAGUCGAUAGCUGUCAGACAAAAAAAGAUCCCCCCAUUUCUGACGAGAAGGAAGAAGCACACGCGGAAAAUGGAGCGACACAAAAUGGGGCUUCUCAAAAUGGGGCAUCUCAAAAUGGGGCAUCUCAAAAUGGGGCAUCUCAAAAUGGGACUUCUCAAAAUGGGACUUCUCAAAAUGGGGCUUCUCAAAAUGGGACUUCUCAAAAUGGGACUUCUCAAAAUGGGUUAUCUCAAAACGGAACUGAACAAGUCGAAAAUAAAAAUUGUCAAGGUGGAGGAAUAUCAAAUAGUGACAUAAAGGAGGAGUGUUCCCAAUUUACAGAAGAAGCAGGUUCGGAACCCAAGACCAACAUGCAGAAUAAUGAUAGAAACAACAAUCCCCCGAUUGUCUCUUCAUCUCAGGUUGAUAAAGAUGAAAAUGUUAAAGUUGAUUUGAACUCGAAGUAA